CGUGCCCCGGAGCGCGGUGGAGAAGCCCCCGGAGGAGCGGGGGGCCCGCGCCCCGCGCCCCCCAGACAUGGUGGGCCACCUGCAUCUGCAGGGCAUGGAGGACAGCCUGAAGGAGCAGGGCCGGGAGGGCUUGCUGGACAGCCCCGACUCCGGGCUGCCCCCUAGCCCCAGCCCCAGCCCACCCUUCUACUCCCUGGCGCCCGGUAUCCUCGACGCGCGCGCGGGGGGCGCCGGCGCCUCCUCGGAGCCCCCAGGACCCAGCGAGGCAAGAGCGCCCUCCUCCCAACUCCCGAAUCCCCCGGCGCCGGAGAUGAGGCCCCGCAUGCUGCCGGUGUUCUUUGGGGAGAGCAUCAAGGUGAACCCGGAACCCACGCAUGAGAUCCGCUGCAACUCCGAGGUCAAGUACGCCUCAGAGAAGCAUUUCCAGGACAAGGUCUUCUAUGUGCCCGUGCCCACCGUCACAGCCUACAGCGAGACCAUCGUGGCGGCACCCAACUGCACGUGGCGCAACUACCGCAGCCAGCUGACCCUGGAGCCACGCCCACGUGCCCUGCGUUUCCGCAGCACCACCAUCAUCUUCCCCAAGCAUGCCAGGAGCACUUUCCGGACCACCUUGCACUGCAGCCUGGGCCGGCCCAGCUGCUGGUUCACCGCCAGCGUGCAGCUGCAGCUGUGCCAGGACCCUGCCCCCAGCCUCCUGGGCCCUGCCACGCUCUGACGGGGCUGGGGCCGGCCCGGGGUGCUGGAGGAGCCGGGAGCCCUGGGGAGGAGCCGGGAGGACGGACAGGAUGAGCUCGGCCUGGCACUCUGGUAGGAGGCAGGCAGGGAGGCUGCCAGGCCAAGGACCCAUGUGGAAGGAGGUGGCUGUCGGCUGCCUGCCCUGACCUACAAGCUAGGUGGUGGUCUCCUUGUUUUGGUGUCCAGGACUCAAUAAAAGCAUCUAUGUUUUUUUAGCACUUAAGCUGGCAAGGCAGUAGUGGCACACUGUUAGGUGGUGGCCACCUUCAGGGUCAGGGGAGAAGAAUGUGUCCAUAGCGUGCCCUUGAAGCAGAGAACAGCCCAGAGCAGUGCGAGGACAGAGGCAUCCCAGCCUCAGCUGGUGGGAGUGGCUGCCGCUCCCUGAGAGCCCUGCCGCCCCAUGUGUUCCGUGCUGGUGGCCAAGGCCGUGUGUGAGGGAAGAGGGGUGCCUCUCUUCCCUGCUGCUGGCCUGGAGUGUUUCCAAAACAGGCUUUCGCACACGUGCAGGUUGCACCGAGAGGUCUGAAGGCCACCUCUGGCGGACGCUGAGCCACCUCUGGCGGCUGGCUGAGCCGCCACCUCUGGCGGACGCUGAGCCACCUCUGGCGGACGCUGAGCCACCUCUGGGGGACGUUGAGCCAGGAGGUUGGACAAAGGCCGGAUGCUGAUGCCAGGGCUGGAGUUGGUUAUAUUGGGGGCGGGGAAGGCCUAGAAAUACUUUGAGCCAUGGCCUUGCCAGUGUCCCAUGCCCUCCAGUAUUGAAGAUUUGGGGCACUGCCUGUCAAAAUGGAAAGAUGGGUGCUCAGCCUUGGAGCCUCACCUGCAGGGCGUCCCCAGCUAACACCCGUCCACGCACCGCCUCCAGGACUAGCACCCCUGAUGUCAAAACCAAGUGCCCAGCGGAGGCGGUGAAGCUCUCGGAAAUGCUGCCACCUGUGUGAGGUCGGGUCUGAACUGGAGGGAGUCGGAGCUCAGCUGUCAGUGUAAAGAGACACUGAGGGGACCAGGUUGCCGCCCUCAGCCUGCGUUCCUGUGUGUGAUAGAUUCUGCAAUGACAGCACCUUACUCCUUCCUGCAGCAGGCUCACCCCUGCCCGUGGGAUGUUGUGGGAGGAACAUGAGCCAGACGAAGGCUUGGCUCAGGGCUCCCUGGAACAAGGCAGUGUGCACAGGGAGCUGGGGGAGCCCCCAGCCUGGGGCAGCCCAGCAGGCCGCUGAACAAACAGCCCAGAAGCUGGCACUGUGGCAGGGUGCCGAGGAGAUGCCCCUCUGAGCCUUCCUCCCCACUCAGACCUGAAUGCACUCCACAGUUGGGGGCUGCCCCUGCCACUCCCCUGGUAACCCCCAAAAAGGGAGGGGAAGGUUCCCUGGGGCUUGAGCUCCCUCUGGGGAGGUGAGGAGGGGAGAUUCCGUUCACAUCCGGGAGGGGCAAAAUGACGGAUACAUUUGUAUGUAUCUACACAGAGAGUGCAUUUCCUCUCCACAGGUGUUUUCCGGUUAACAAAGGAAUAACUUAAGAAAUUGAUUGAUUAUCUUAAUAAACUGCAAACCCAA